AUGUUCUCCAAAAUCGUCCUUACCUGUGCCUUAGUGGCUGUUUGCCACGCCGGUCUCUUGCACCAUGCCCCGGCAGUGUCAUCUCAGAACAUUGUUCGUCAUGACCAACCCAUCCAUCAUGAGGCUCCCAUCCACUACGCUGAAGUCCACGCUGCACCUAUUGUUCACGCCGCUCCUGCCAUCCAAGCCGCUGAAAUUCACUCUGCUCCAAUCCAUGCUGCACCUAUCCACGUUGCUGCAGUUCAUCAAGAGGAUCACUAUGUAGAUGAAUACGCUCAUCCUAAAUAUGGAUACUCAUACUCCGUGGAGGACCCUCACACCGGAGACCACAAAUCUCAGCAUGAGACCCGUGACGGUGAUGUCGUGAAAGGCGAAUACUCUCUGCUCCAGCCUGACGGCUCUUUCCGCAAGGUUACCUACACUGCUGAUCACCACAAUGGAUUCAACGCAAUUGUGCACAACACUCCGCCAGUCAUCCACCACCAUUAA